ACAAAUAACUUACAUCUGUCUAAAUUUGGCAAGCAUCUACCUCAUGUGCAUGCAUUAUUUUGUUGUCACGUCAUUGUGUUUACGGACGUUACGAAUCCAAAUUAUAAACGAAAGUGAAUGAGCUCAUGUCGAAGCUCACAAAGUGCGCGUCCGAGCGUGGAUCCUGGCGCUGAUUCCUAUCGGUGACUAUUGUUCGUCACGGCGCAACCAGUUAAAGUGUUGCGUGAUAUUUACACAUACUUGUUGGAUCUAGAGUUUUAAGAUAUACUGGUUAACCUCAAACGAUUGCUCGUUAUGGUCAGUCGGUGGAAUAAAAUGCUAGUCCCAUAGUCCUCCUGCCUCUGGUGUCAGUGUAUGCGAGCCUGGGCUCUGUCACCGUGGCUCCUGCAUUCCGCGAAUCCAUUAGCAAAUAAGAAAGUGAGAUAACAGAAGACGUGGAUGGAUGAAUAUCAGGUUGGGCAUCUUGCAAGCGUUGUGCAAAAACUAUUUUAAUUGGUGGGCUGUUUAUGAAUAUAGUUGUUUUGUAUAGGUGGUGGAGCAUGAGCGUUAUUGAUUUGAAAUUUAUUUAGAGUAAGUUGAAAUCACCGUUUAAUAUUUUUCUCUCAUAUUUUACUUAACCUUAGUACAAAAUACAAACUUAAAACUUUUGAAAUUUGUAGAUGAAUAAAGAAAAACUCAAGAUUUCUACCUACUUACAAAAAUCUAACUUUCCUUAGCAUUCAUAAGUGAGAUGUGUAAAAGUAAACUGCAAUUUGAGAAUCGCUCCGUAAAACAAAGUAAUCGUGGCAAAGAGUAAUUUGUCGUUCAUUACUUCAAAUAAUUGAGUGAGUAGUUAAGACAGCUGUCGAAGCCAGAUGAAACCGUGAUAGCGGCCACCAAUCAAUCGGACGUACGUCCCGCCUAGACUUUCGCGGGAAUUAAUGUAUUCUCCAUUUUAUUAAGCGUCAGCGCAAGAAGCGUGAAACAAUUUUCUUUUUUCACAUUAUUCGCUGGCCAACGGUUAGUCCGCGGAGAGUGUGUGAGCGCUGCGGUCGCCUGAGUCGUUCCAGUGUUUACAAAUCGGUCUGAUAGCAGUGAUAGCAUCUUCGCAAUCUAAGAGUGCCGCGCGGUGAUGGGAGCGGGCCCGGUCGGCUCCUGACCACACACGGAAAUGCAUGUCCUGGAGAUUGGCGCUGACCAAGAUGAGGAUGGCGGGAGCACUCGCGUCGCGGAAGCGGCGUUCCGGACCGUGCCGCGUGACCACACCGCCUUCAUCAUCUGGAGGGUCGCGGAAUCGGGCACGGAAAUGCUUCCGCGGACCCACUACGGCACCUUCUACGACGGGGAAGCCUAUCUAGUGUACUCGUCGUCCAUGCCUGGCCAGCCUGCGGGCCCGGAUGUUAUUCGAAAAGAAGUUAAAGAGAACGGCAACGCGGAAUGCGCCGAGCGCCACAUCCAUGCAUGGGCUGGCGAACGUUGCGGAGCCCUAGCGGCCUUGGCACUCCGCCGCGGGACCCAACUGGCGGCCUACCUGGCCGUGCCCACCGUUAUUCACCGCGAGGCCGCCACCAAGGAGUCCCCCCGGCUAUUGUCGUACUUUCGCGAUGGGAUUAGAAUCCUGCGAAGCGGCUGCAACCUAAACGGCGGCGCUCGUCUCUACCGCGUGCGCGGGCGCCGCCCCGUGCUCGUCCAACUGGACCCGGUGUCGUGGUCGCAGCUUGCGGCUGAUGGGGUGUUCGUCCUCGAUACCUCGUCGCUGCUCGUGCUGUGGCUCGGACGCGCGGCUAACUUGAUCGAAAAGAUGUUCGGUGCUAAGAUCGCAUACCGCAUGGCCCGGGGCGCUGACAAGGGCAUGACAGCCCGUCGUAUCGCCAUAGCACACGACGGCUACGAGCAGACGCUCCCGCCCGCUGACCGCGCGCUGCUCGACGCGCUACUAGAGCUGCGCGCGCGCUCCGUGCGGCCCGCCACUCCGCCCGCGGAUCUGCCGCGCCCUGCGAGGCUGUAUCGUGCUACGCAGCCGCCGCGCGUCGCGCCCAUCACCGCUCCGUCGCAACGGCCGGCUGCGAGGCUUGAGGAGGUCAAGCGGGCGCCUUUGUAUAGGGUGGAUUUGGCCGAUGAUGGAGUGUACAUCGUAGACGCCGGCAGCCGUGGCGUCUGGGCCUGGGUGGGCCCGUCGGCCGUAGCCUCCGCGAGCCGCGGGGCCCUCUCCGCGGCCCGAGGUCUCGCACGCGCUCGACGCCACGUAGGCCCCGUGUCUGUCACCGCUGCAGGCCGCGAACCGUUGGAAUUCGCUGCGUUGUUUCACGAUUGGCGCUGGUGCGACAAACGCCAGGAUAAUCGCGUGCGAGUCGCUCGUUCUGCUACGACACGGCUGGAUGCCGUCAGUCUGGCGUCCAAUGCAUGGCUUGCAGCCGAGGCACAGCUUCCGGACGACGGGUCGGGUGCAUUGCGUGUGUGGCGUGUGCAAAAUGGGCUCAUAGAGGUGGAGCGCCCGCAGGCUGCCGUGUUCUACGACCGGGACUGCUACGUCGUGUUGUACACCUACCACGCGCCUACUGGAGACCAGUCUAUUCUCUACUACUGGAUGGGUGGCUCUUCGCCAAAUGAUCUGAGGAAUUUGGGUGCUAAAGAAGCUAAAGACCUCUACAAUAAGUUGGGGCGUUUUCCCGUCCAGGCGUGGGUUUAUCAAGGCAAGGAACCGGCGCACUUCUUGCAAAUUUUCAAAGGACGUAUGAUCACUUAUGUUGGCAGCGCUUCAGACUACGAUCCUAUGGGGCGUCGUGUGGUGGCUCCCUCGCGCGCGCUCAUCCUCGUAUCAGGGCAGUACGCGCGAGAGGCCCGCGGCGUGGAAGUUCGGCGGGGCGCACGUGGUCGCGGCGCGUGCUACGUGCUGCGCGAGGGCGCGCGCGUGUGGGUGUGGUGCGCCGCACACGCCACGGGCGACGAGCGCGAGGUCGCCAAAAACAUGGCCGCGGCCGAGCACACGCUUGUCAUGCAAGGCAAAGAAAAACCAGACUUCUGGGCGGCCAUCGGAGAUCGACGCGACUUGUUGGUGGCCUCGCCGCUGAAGGAGAUGGAACGUCCGCUGCCACCGCGCCUGUUCUACGUGUCUUUGGGUGCUCCUGGGCAGUAUUCUUUUGAGGAGAUCAUCUCGUUCAGCCAGUACGACCUGGCGCCAGAAACGGCGGCAUUGCUGGACGCGCACGCGAGCGUAUUCGUGUGGCUGGGCGCGCAUUGCUGCCAGCGCGCUAGGGACGACGCUCGCGCGCUCGCGGCGGCCUACCUCGCGCAAGAUCCGGCAGCGCGCGACCCGGAGACUCCGGUGAUUGUGCUGAGCCAGGGGCGGGAGCCGCCGCACUUCACGGGCUUCUUCCCGCAUUGGAAACACUCCAUGUGGAAAGGACACAAGACAUUCAGCGCUAUCAUCAGCGCCCUUGAAGGCAAGGCGAUCGUGCAGAAUGGCAACAGCGCACUGCAGAGCGGCAACAGCGCCAAUCGCUUCGAUCAGCACGAGAAGUACCCGCUGGCGGUGCUGCGCGGGCCCAAGGACCAUCUGCCGUCCGACGUCGACCCGUUGGCUAAAGAGCUUUACCUGACGCACGACGAUUUCGUGUCCACGUUCCACAUGCCGUACAACGAGUUCCGCGCCCUGCCGGGCUGGAAGCAGAAGGACCUCAAGAAGUCUGUCGGCCUGUUCUGAGUACACGGUUCUGUUUCCACGGAUUCUAGUAUCAUUUCCGUUGUAGCACUAGAAAUAAUUCUUAUUGAACAUAUAUUCAAUAGAUACAGCAAUCUGGCUUGAGCAAAUCAAUAGGAGUUCCAAAAUACCCUUUAUAAAACCAUGGACCCCUAAAGUUACGGUACAUAAUAACUUCAGUAAGUACACUGUCAAACUAGAUUUAUUCCUUGCUAAAGCCAAGCCUUAUCAAUCUUAUCAUGUAUUCGAAAAAUGUUAUAUCGCGUUCUACUUAUCGACGGAGCUGAUAAUAUAGAAUGAAUGGGCGCAGAUCCAAAUACGCAUCCCAUUAUCAGUAUUCACUUAGCCAUAAGCUCACAACAGUAUAUUUAUAAAAGUUUCGCACGAUACGGCAACGCCGCCUGCGGGUUCGUUGUAUGGAACCACACACACCGCUAGAAUAUUGUAUUGUAUUAAGUUCACGAUGUUAUUGUUAUCUGUAUAAUCAAAUUGUUGUUAUUGAUUGUUUUAUUGCAAAUUUUAAUUAUGUUGUAUGAAAUUAUUUAUAUUAAGAGUUUCGAAAUAAAACAAUGAGUUUUUAAA